AUAUCCCUUUAUUUUUGUUUUGUUCUUUAGUGAGAUAGAAGAUGAACUCAGCUGAAAUCACUGAUGAUGAUGAAGUAGAAAUUCCUAAGAAAGAUAUUGUGAAGGUAGAAACAGAAAACGAAGAUGAAGCUCUAGACUGCUCUUUGACAUCCAGAUCUGCAGAGAAACCCCUCCUGGAUGGUGCAGCUUCUUGCGUGCAGGAAUCCAACAAGCGGAAGCAGACCCCGCUCAGCUGCGACGGCGCAGGCAGCCAGCAGGAUGUCGUGUCCAGCGUGAAGAAACGGCGCUUUACGCAAGAGGGCCCCCACUCAAACAUGAGGAACCGCGACCCUGGCUCGCCCACUCAGGUAAACGCAGAGCAGCCAAACAAGAACAAGAAUCCCAACAUCACGUGGCUCUGCGAAGAGGAACCCUUCAGCGACAUAACCACUCCGUCGUAUAAGAAGCCUCUCUAUGGCAUCUCACACAAAAUUACGGAGAAGAAGAACCCGCCAGGGACGGAGCAGUUUGCUUCCUAUGAUUCGAUUGACAAGAUUAACCCCAGUAGUCCCUCGCACCUUCGGACCUUGAACGAUCAGCGCAAAAGGGACUGCGCUGCAGCUGCAUCUGUAGCUGCCAACACGGAUUCUGACCCAAAUAUAUAUUCUUUGAUACAGAAAAUGUUCUACACACUGAACACCCUCAACUCCAACAUGACUCAGCUCCACAGCAAGGUUGACCUGUUGUCCCUGGAGGUCAGCCGGAUUAAGAAGCAAGUCAGCCCGGCAGAGACUGUCGCCCAGUUCAAGCCUCCUCCCGAGUACCAGCUGACUUCUGCGGAGCUCAAACAGAUCAUGGACCAGAGCUCGUCAGGCGGAGACUUAGCCUGCCGGCUGCUGGUGCAGCUCUUCCCAGAGCUCUUCAGCGACGACGAGUUCAACAGGAACUGCAGCGCGUGCGGCUUUCUCAGCAAGCGCAAGCUCGAGUCCCUUCACCUGCAGCUUAUCCGCAACUAUGUGGAAGUUUGUUACCCUUCUGUGAAGAACACAGCUGUGUGGCAGGUGGAGUGCUUGCCUCAGGUCAACGAUUUUUUCAAUAGAUUUUGGGCCCAAAGGGAGAUGGAGAAUAGUCAACAGAGUGUGCAAUCAUCCAGUUUUUAUGAGACCGAACAAGUAGACUCUUCUCAUUUUAUCGAGGAUAAAGAGCAAGAAGAAGCUCUGUCCUUGGACAGGAGUGGUGUCAUUGCCUCAGAUUACGUUCUGGAUGCUCAGGAUCUCAGCGAAUUUUUAGAUGAAGCUUCUUCCCCUGGGGAAUUUUCUGUUUUUUUGUUACACAGGUUGUUUCCAGAGCUCUUUGACCACAGAAAAUUAGGUGAAAGGUACAGCUGCUAUGGAGACUCUGGGAAGCAACUGCUGGAUCCUCAUCGGCUUCAGAUAAUCCGUAGGUACACUGAAAUUUACUUUCCAGAUGUGCAGGAAGAAGAGGCCUGGCUGCAGCAAUGCGUCCAGCGAAUAAACGAUGAGCUUGAAAAUAUGUAUAUGGAUGGAAGCGAAUGUGAUCAGAUGCGAGAUGACUGUUACGAUUCCUCUAGUUUACCAGACGAUGUAUCAAUCAUAAAAGUGGAAGACAGUUUUGAAUAUGAAAAACCUGGCAGGCGCUCAAAAAAAAUCUGGCUUGUACCCAUAGACUUUGACAAACUCGACUUUCCCCCUCCAGAUUUUGAUGUUCCUGUCCCCGAUUACCUGUUGAACAAAGAACAGAUUAAAAAUAUAUAUGAAAGCAGUCUUUCCAUAGGCAACUUUGCCUCUCGACUGCUUGUUCUCCUGUUCCCCGAACUGUUUACUCACGAAAACCUACGGAAGCAAUACAACUGUAGCGGAUCUUUAGGCAAGAAGCAGCUAGAUCCCACCAGAAUUAAAUUAAUCCGGCAUUACGUGCAGAUCCUGUACCCGAGGGCCAAGAACGACAGGGUGUGGACGCUGGAGUUUGUGGGGAAGCUGGACGAGCGCUGCCGGCGGCGGGACACGGAGCAGAGGCGCACGUACCAGCAGCAGCGCAAGGUCCACGUGCCGGGGCCCGAGCGGAGGGAGUUCCUCAGCUACGCAAUAAGCACAGAGAGGUUCCGAGAAGAGUUUGAAGGGCCGCCCCUGCCGCCUGAAAGAAGCAGCAAGGAUUUCUGCAAGAUACCGCUUGAUGAACUCGUCGUUCCUAACCCGGACUUCCCUGUGCCUUCUCUGUAUUUGCUGUCUGACAAGGAGGUAAGAGAGACAGUGCAGCAGAGCCUCUCGGUUGGAAACUUCGCCGCCAGACUUCUCGUCAGGCUCUUCCCGGAGCUCUUCACCCCGGAGAAUCUCAGACUGCAGUAUAACCAUUCAGGUGCUUGUAACAAAAAACAGCUCGACCCCAUCAGACUGAGGCUGAUCCGUCACUACGUGGAAGCCGUUUACCCUGUGGAGAAGAUGGAGGAAGUGUGGCAUUAUGAAUGUAUACCGAGCAUCGAUGAAAGGUGCCGGCGCCCGAACAGGAAAAAGUGCGAUAUCCUGAAGAAAGCAAAGAAAGCAAAAACAGUGACAGGCUCCUUCAGUUCCCAAGACUGCGACCACUAA